AUGGGCCUGAUAGAUUGUUUGUUUAUUGCUGACGGUAGAAAUCUGCCCAUAUUUGAGCACAUUGUUAAUUCCCCGGCUCCCACAUUCCAGUAUGUAAAGGAUCGCUUGAACAGCAUGCUCAAAGGCGAAUUUGAGGAUCCUGGCUCAUCCAAUUCUGUCUUCGACCACUUGGACCCUGUACUCGAUAUUGACGCUAAUUGGCGUGUCGCGUGGACAAAGAUAGAUGCCGUGUACCUUAUUGUGGCGGGCGAAACGUUCCCAGAGUAUACAGAAGUUGUGAGCGACGAUGACGAUGACGAUGACGAGGACGAGGGUGACGACGCCCAGGAACAGAAAGAGACUGUUACCAUCUCGCGAACAGCUAAUGACCUACAGUAUCUACAGUUUCUUGCAGACUUUGGCACUGUCGUGAAGUCUUUCCUGAAUGGCGCAGUUCUGACUCCGGCUAAAGUCGAGUUGAACGCACACAACCUGCUUCUAAUUUUACAAGAAAUGGUGGAUGCCUCGUUUCCGUAUCUCACCGACCUCAACCAGCUUCAAGAGCUCCUUCCUUCCAACAGCAUUCUCAAUAAAAUCAUUUCGACAACAAAGCAGAUCCAAGGCACCGCAUCCCAUUCGAUCAACUCGUUGGCACAAGGAUCCAGCUUGCUGCACGCGUCGUCUUCGGCAUCUUCCCUUGCAUCCAGCCAGUUCCAAAAAGGUGUUCUUCCCGCUUCAUGCAUAUUCGAGAAAUCGGGCAACGAGAUUCCAUGGCGGAAAGUCAACGUCAAACAUACACAGAAUGAGAUGCUGGUAGACCUUGUCGAGCGCAUAAGCUGGAUUGUGCCUGCAUCCAAAUCUCCCAAGCCUGCUUACGGUGCCUCGACGUACUACAACCUCGGGUUGAGCGCGAAAAAAAGCAGACCCGUGAUGGCCGCCAUGGACGGCACCGUCUACUUCAACAGCUCUCUCUCGGGAGUCCCAACUGUUCAGCUGGUGCUUAAUCUCAACAAACACGAUCUAGGAGUCCCAUCAUUUCAUCGUUGUGUUGACACAGAGAUAUGGUCGAAGAGUCCGGGGGUGGUGCAAUUCAUACCUCCUGACGACAAAUUCAUGCUGAUGAAGUACAAAAUUAACUUGCUGGAGACGGAAACGCCAGUAAACGUCUGGAACUACAUGGGGCCCGUGGACGUGGAGCUUGUGGGGGGACUGGGGGUCGAGAGAAAUGAGUUUGAGAUCAAACUGCAAACCAAGUUGCUCAAGACUGUGAAGUUCAUAGAGGACCUGAAAGUUGAGAUUCUCGUGCCGAAAGGUCACACUGUCAGAGGACUGCGCAUUACGCAUGGAGACCUGCAAUCUAGGAAUGGCGUGCAAGAGUGGAUUCUCGACAAAAGCCUGCCUACGGGGAUCAACUGCACCUUCAGAGGUCAAUUACUCAGAUCAGGCGGAGAUUCGUCUGCGUUAAGACCCGACUACGUGACAGUGUCGUAUUCCAACAAAGGAUCGGUGCCCAGCUUGAUUAAAGUCGACUCAAUGAAAAUCAUAAGCGGAGGUUCCACCAACGUCAAGCCAUACAAAGGCGUCAAGUAUAUUACGCACACCAAUAAUAUUAUGCUGAGAUAG